AUGGGAAAAACUGUAGCUUUGAAGAAGUUAAGGCAACAGCAAAUCGACUAUUCAAGCCUACGACCACUGUGUUUGCAUCUCGUUUUGACUUUGAAAGAGCACAACGGAAACCAAUGGGCGGACGGGAAAGAUGCUGAAAGGAAGCCUAUCACUGCUAAUGCUCUGAUAGAGUUAGCAUCAUCGAUUGAGCGUGCUAGAGGAAAGGUAGCCAGCUCUUCUUCACAGCAAUUGAACAAGGACCUUUUCAGGGUUGAUAAAAAUGAUAAUAAUAAAAAAUGUCGUAACUGCGACUGGGUUGGUGCUCAUGUGCAAAAUCCUUGCCCUGCGAGGAAAGCCAUCUAUAGAAAGUGGUUUAGAAGAGGAUACUAUGCGUGUUGUUGUCGAGAGAAGAGAGAUAACAUGAUAAGAGGAAUCAAACAGGAAGUGGAUAUGGAAGAACAAGAUUCGGAUGCUGCAAGUUGUGAAGGUAAUGAGAUAAAAGCUAUUCAUAUAACUGUUCCAAGGGCUGCUAUUGAUGUGAGGUUAAAUGGAUUCCGCAGCCUAAUGGAAUUUGAUUCAGGAGAGAAUGCCAUUUGGAUUAUCAUCUAG